GCUCUCACGGAUAACCGAGACAUUAUUACAGCUCGUGCAGGCCCCCUCUGUUUCCUCUGCUGUCUGGCUCGAGGACAGACAACACGGAAAGCACCGGACUGUCAUCGUGGAUUGCAUUUUUAAGCGACUGUGUGUGCUGAACUUUUCUUGCUCCCUGCAAGCUCGUGACGCCUGAUUCCUCCUUUCGUUCCUCUGUCUCGAGACGGAGAGAAAUGGCAGAGAAGCGGCGCUCCCCGUGCGCGCUCAGCGUCAAGGCGCACGCCUUCUCCGUAGAGUCGCUGAUCGGAGCAGAAAAGAGACGCAGGACGACCGGAGAGGAUUCCGUGUCCCCCGGCUACGAGGACGGAACCGAUGUCUCUGAUAUAACCGGGAGCCCGGGGCAGCGAGCCGACAGAGCGUGCACCAGCGACCGGGGCAGCGAGGCGGAAUGUGCAUGUGACGGAUCCCCAGAGAGCGAGGACGCGCUGCUGGAGAGCCCGCAGCCUGCAGCUCUGUGCACGGGGCCGUUGACCGGCAGCGGAGAGGAGACACGCGUGGACCUGCAGGGAGCAGACCUGUGGAAACGCUUCCACGAGAUAGGCACGGAAAUGAUCAUUACCAAGGCUGGACGGCGGAUGUUCCCCGCUAUGCGUGUGAAGAUUACGGGUUUGGACCCUCACCAGCAGUAUUACAUUGCCAUGGAUAUAAUCCCCGUGGACAACAAGCGAUAUAGGUACGUGUACCACAGCUCUAAGUGGAUGGUAGCGGGGAAUGCGGACUCUCCUGUGCCGCCCAGAGUGUACAUCCACCCUGACUCCCCGGCCUCAGGAGAGACGUGGAUGCGUCAGGUGGUCAGCUUCGACAAACUCAAGCUGACCAACAACGAGCUGGACGACCAGGGACAUGUAAGUGCAACUAUCAUUCUGCACUCAAUGCACAAGUACCAGCCGCGGGUCCAUGUCAUCCGUAAGGAGUGUGGAGAGGAGCUAUCCCCAGUGAAAGCCAUCCCUGCUGGGGAAGGCACCCGCACCUUCGCCUUCCCCGAGACUGUCUUCACCACCGUCACGGCAUAUCAGAAUCAACAGAUUACAAGGCUGAAAAUUGACAGAAACCCAUUUGCUAAAGGCUUCAGAGACUCUGGCAGAAAUCGGAUGGGGCUGGAGGCGCUGGUUGAGUCGUAUGCAUUCUGGCGUCCGUCUCUGCGAACGCUCACAUUUGAGGACAUCCCUGGCAUUACCAAGCAAGUUAUCCCAGGACUUCAUGGUGGUAUCGGACCAUCUUCUCACCUGCUCUCCACGUCCCCCUGCUCCUCACCCUUCCAGGUUUGCCCUCUCAGCCCGCCUGACUACGCCUGCAACCGCCCCAUCCACCCUCUCCACCGUUAUAGCAACCCCUCGGAGGCCUUCCAUGCUCCCAGAGGACCAUCUGCGUAUGAAGGCGAAGGAUUUUGUUCUCUGCCUCACCAUGCUUCUCAACUUGGCUAUCUAUCCAACCCCGCACCGCAGGGUUACGCUGGGCUUCGCCUCCACUCGCCGCCUUACAGCCUGUACGGUUACACAUUCCCUCCAUCACCACGCCUCGCAGCCAGCCCUGACAAAAUGGCUUCCGCUGCCAAUCAUCAGAGUCCCUUCCUUGGCUCGUCACCCAGUGGGACUCUAACGGACAGUAUGGGUGUGCAUAGUGCAGGACAACAGGGCUUCUUGUUUGACUCCCGGACUUUAGGAUUGGCAGGUAGCCAGCCGGGAGGAGGGGCCUCACAGGUCACUGCCCACAUGAGCUGAAUUUGACUCAGGACAUCUGGGGUUGUCAUGAAAAUACAACAUGACUCCCUGGAAGUGGUGGAAGUUGUUUUUGGUUCGGGAACGUUCUACGAAUAAAUCAUCUGUGUGCUGAAAAAGCAUCAGGCUGAAUUGUGGACAAAAGAUGAGUGGCAGACCGAGCCAUUGCCUAUGUGAGUUUACAGAGCUCGUUAAAACUCCUUAAACUGAAGGGAAUAUAUUAUUACCGAGUUUGUAUCUUUCAAGUAAGUUCUCUUGGACAUGCGUGUGCAGCUGCGGUAGUCAAGGAAAAAACUUAAUGCGGCUUUGGAUAAGGAGUCCAAACAAUGUAGGCCAGUGACUGAACUGGAGCUGAAUAUGGAUUGGGCAGAAACUGGGCUGGCCCUGGCACUCAAAGCAAGCACUUCACACCUGGCAGGAUGCCCUGAAGCAGAAACUAUUAUACUCACACAAUAAUACAUUGCCUCACUGAACUUGCCUACCUUUGAUGGAGUUACUGAACACUACUUUUAACUUGUUUCUAUGGGUUACAUUGACUCAAUUAAGUUCCAACAGUUCUUAAGUCAUAGCAUGCCUGGUGGUGUUCUCAUCAAGUAUUUGGAGUGACAAUCAUGUAGUCCAUGUAACACUACGGGCGGGGCCUUUUCACCACUCAGACUUUAACAAUUGAAUUACACGUAACACCAGGAGACAUUAACGUAAUGACAUCAUGGCCUUGAGAACUGUUGGAGAUAUCCCAAUGACAGUUAUGGACUGACAAGGUUGAAGCAUGGGAGGAUAAUGUGACACGGUCGUAACUGCAUAUGAUGACUCUGUACAUAGCGAGAGAAAGGAGAAGAGAUGUGUAUAUAAAGGGCUGUGUGACCCUUCUCACUUAAAAAAAACCCAAUGCACCUGCUUCUGCUCUUUAGACUGGGUCAGGUACGCAACAGCCAACACUGAACUUGACUGAAGAGCUUUUCUUUGAAAAAACACGAUAUAUCAGCACGCCCUUUGGCCGAGAACAUUAACAUGUUCUGUGACCUUUUUGAGCCGAAUAAAAUAUAUCUAUUCAUGUCA